AUGAUGCACGGAGAACUGAAAACUCCUGAUCCUUCCAGUUUGACCCUCAUGAGCCUAUUCCAGCCACUGGGCAGCUCUGAAUGCUGCCACUUCUGGGACUGGAAUCGUCACAACUGUCCCUCCAUGGCUGAGGCUGUAAUCAACAAAGAGCCUCUGCUGCUGCCUGCCUGCUGGAGUCUGCAGCUAAACUGCCUCUCUGCUGCCAUGGGAGCUGCUGCUGCUGAAUUUAGAAGUAGGAUAUCUCUCCCUUCCUCCAACCCUCUGAUCUUUGCUAAUGCCUGCCAUUGGCAGAUACUAAUAGGAAGCCGCUGGCAAAGAGCCUGA